AAUUUGUCGUUAUUUAUGGCAUCUGUGAUAAGUACUUCAUACGGCAGGGAAACAUUUUCACAUCGUUUGAACCAUUAUCAGCGGUUAGCUGGUUCACACAUAGUCAGAUUCGCUAAUUGUUCUGUUGUCAGCGGCCGCCUCAGAACUCCGAAUGUCCUCACAUUUCUCUGUACGGAACACUGAAACCAACAAGGAUGACAAGUGGCGCUCUCGUGAAGAUUGUCAUUGCUUCCUUCGUUCUGACUUUGUUCUGGCUUCGUCUGAUGAUUCAGCUCUUGGUCAACCUGGAGAACUACUGAGGGGGUACAUGCCUACCGCCGCCUGCCUGUGGGUUAGGAAGAUUGACAGAAACGAAAUCCUCAACUUAAGAGGAUCCGCAGCCUGAGGAAACCCUCUGCGGCGUGAGGGGACCCACCACCGAGAGACAUGGCCAUCAACGAUCAGACGGAGUUCCAGCUGGAUGAUUACGGGUACCACAACAUCACCCUCUCCCACAAGGAGAACGUCAUCAUCCUAGACCUCGUCUUCUUCAUCUUCACCGCGACCUCCAUCAUCUUCCUCAAUGUCUUUGUGGUGGCACUGGUUCUAAAACUUGGUUUUAAGAAGAUCAACAAGAAUCCAUUCAACGUCCAGAUCAUGAGCCUCAUUGUCAGCGACUUCAUGGUCGGGGUCACGCUCCUCCCCACACAGAUCACCUACUUUCUGGGUCACCAGGCGGACCUGGACUGCGGCGUCCGGUGCGCGGUAUUCAUGAUUUCCUACAUGGCCUCCUUGCUCCAUGUCUGCGUGAUCUGUUUAGAUAGGUGGUGGAUCAUCUACUUCAACAAGACUCAGACCAGAAAGCAACUCUUUCCGCGAUGCAUGUUCCUUCUGUUCGGGACUUGGGUGGCUGCCUUUCUGAUAGAGUUCAUUCCCUUUGUUUUAUGGCGGGAAGAGAACACCGGUGUGUGUUCGAUUGCAAAUGUUUUCGGAGAUUAUUAUAACGAGGCCUUUGGAUAUCAGGUAUGCACGCAUAUUGCAGUCAUAUCGUGUAUAACGGUGUUUUACGGUUUAAUCAUCGGUUUUAUUCUUAACAAAAGGAAGCGCUUAAACCCCGCUCACGGCAGGAACUCGGAAAUUAGCGCGAUAUCUAGUCGGAUGUCGCAUUUUGAUAAUAAUUCGAAAGGCAAAUCGAUGCCGUCUAUGAAAUCUCAACAAGAAAUUUCAAGGAAUGGGACCGAUUUUACCCAACAAAUGAAACACGACAGUCGCCAAAAUAAAGCCAUUCAGACAAUGGGGUUCAUCAUUGGCAGCCACCUUCUCUGCGUCGGGCCGCUUAUAACCAUGCUGAUGAUGGAGAUUUUUGGUAACCUGGAGCGGACGUCCGUUUCUUGGCAUCACGUGGUUAUUUAUAUCGCCUGUCUGGGGUCAGCCAUUAACCCAAUUCUCUAUGCAUUCAGAAUACCGGAAGUCAACAAAGCGAUGGCCAAAUUCUGUCGUGUGAACAAUGCUUCUUUUGAUUGAAUUUCUAAGAAACUGUUAAUGCGCAUUCGUUUUUGUAAACAAAAAUAUCCCUUUCAUCAACAUUAGCUAAUUAAAAUCACGAUUCACGUUAUUUAUGUGUUUCGUGAAGUUUACUUUAAAACGUUUUAGUGUAUUUCGCAGCCUUUUAAUGAUGUCAGAAUGAUUUUUGUCAAUAAAAAUUGAUGUAA